AUGGUCGCUAAUCUGUUUGCUCAAGGUGGAUUGACGGCACUGGUACUUGCGUCGCAAAACCCACAUAUCCAGUUCUCUGUCGUGGACAGUGAUGCUCGUCUCAUUGCCGCAUGGAAUUCAGAUCGCCCUCCUGUCUUUGAACCAGGACUGGAAAAUUUAUUAUUUGAGCCUAAUGACCCACCGGCAUUACCGACACCGUCGCCAUCACCAAAGCCAGAGGCCUCACAGGAUGAAGAUUGUCUAGAAAACUCAAGUAAUAGUACCAAUCACGGGGAGCUCAUCGCUCUGUUACCGCGCCGACGGAAGCUCGCCAAUGUGAACUUCUCGACUAAUAUGCACGAAGCCGUGGCAGCGGCGGACAUGGUCUUCCUGUGUGUAGACGCGCCAUCCAGUAUCAUGAACGGAGACAAAAGCGACAUAGACCUAUCCCGCUUGGAAAUCGCCAUCCAGGCGAUCGCACAGGUUUCGACAGGCCACAAGAUCAUAGUCCAGAAAAGUACCGCGCCAUGCGGUAUUGUACCACGACUAAAGAAGCUCUUGAAAGAAACGGCCUCGCCAUCGGCAUCCUUCGAUGUACUUUCUAACCCCGACUUCCUCGUACCCGGCGCAGCAAUCAGAGACCUCCUUUAUCCACCCCGCGUGAUCAUCGGACAUGUCUUCUCGGAAGACAUGUCACCCGAAGCAUUGACGGCGUUGAAACGGCUGUAUUCCCCAUGGGUUCCGGAUGAUCGCAUCGUGACCAUGGACGCAUGGUCUUCGGAACUGGGCAAAAUCGCGGCCAACGCUUUGCUCGCCCAACAGAUCAGCAGUCUCAAUUCCCUUAGUGUUCUCUGCGAGUCGACGAACGCCAAUAUCAAUUAUGUCUCGGAGACUCUCGGAUUAAGUCAGCGAUCAGGACUGGGAUUCGGCGGGUCGAGCCUGCAAUCGGAUGUACUUUGCUUGGUGUAUCUGGCGAGGGAGUUGGGAUUACAGGAGGUUGUUGAUUACUGGAUGGCGGUCCUCCGAAUGAACGAAUACCAAAGGCAUCGAGUCGUGAAACGCUUAAUCACCCGACUAGGCGACGUGAAAGAGAAACGAGUAGCGGUGCUCGGCUUUGUGUCGAAGGGAAAUGUGAUGGAUACGCGGACCACGACGGCAUUGGGCUUGGUACGAACCUUGACUAGCAAUGGGGUGCGAGUCAACAUAUAUGAUCCGCACGUUCAGGCCGACCGCAGCGAAAGCACGCUACGACUCUACGACUGUCAUCCAGAAAUGGUGACCGUGACCGAGUCCAUUGAAACGGCGUGUUUUGGAUGCAGCGCGUUGGUGCUCCAUACCGACUGGGAGGAGUUCCGCCAGGACCAGGUGCGAUGGCAACGCAUUUCUGGUCAUAUGGCGAGUCCGAGGGUACUUUUGGACCCUCAUGGCGUAUUUGAUGGGUUUAAGAUGCAGCAGUGGGGAUUCGAGGUGUUGCAGGUUGGUAUCCGAAGUACGAAGGUGCUUUCAGCCCCCAAGGGCCAUGGCCAAUGA